AUGAAGUCUGGUAGUGCGGCGAAAUUGAUAGUAGAGGCGUUGCUUCAGCGGUUCCUGCCUCUCGCAAGACGGCGAAUCGAAACAGCUCAGGCUCAGGAUGGACAAUACCUUCGUCCAUCAGAUCCUGCUUAUGAGCAGGUGCUCGAUUCCUUGGCGAUGAUUGCGCGUCACACACCUGUUCCUCUUUUAGAAGCUCUACUUAGAUGGAGGGAGAGUGAAUCACCUAAAGGUGCAAAUGAUGCAUCGACUUUCCAGAGAAAGUUGGCUGUUGAGUGCAUCUUCUGCUCAGCUUGUAUUCGCUUUGUGGAGUGUUGCCCACAGGAAGGGCUCACUGAGAAGCUAUGGUCUGGACUUGAGAAUUUUGUUUUUGAUUGGCUAAUUAACGCUGACAGGGUUGUUAGCCAAGUGGAAUACCCAUCGCUGGUCGAUUUGAGGGGUCUCCUUCUUGACUUGGUUGCUCAACUGCUGGGUGCACUAUCCCGUAUUAGAUUCAGCUCUGUCACUGAGCGGUUUUUCAUGGAACUCAAUACUCGCCGGAUUGACACAAGUGUUGCAAGAAGUGAAACUCUCAGCAUCAUUAAUGGGAUGCGAUACUUGAAGCUUGGAGUUAAGAGUGAGGGUGGGCUAAAUGCGUCUGCAUCCUUUGUAGCGAAAGCAAACCCUCUUAACCGUGCUCCACACAAACGUAAAAGUGAGCUUCAUCAUGCACUUUGCAAUAUGCUUUCUAACAUCCUGGCACCACUUUCCGAUGGUGGCAAAAGUCAGUGGCCUCCAUCAGUUGCAGAGCCUGCGCUGACACUCUGGUAUGAGGCUGUUGGACGCAUUAGAGUGCAGCUAAUCCAUUGGAUGGAGAAACAGAGCAAGCAUCUUGGUGUUGGCUAUCCGCUUGUGACUCUUCUUCUCUGUCUCGGUGACCCGCUUAUAUUUCAUCAUAAUCUAAGCUCUCACAUGGAGCAAUUGUACAAGCUUCUGAGAGAUAAGAAUCAUCGCUACAUGGCACUUGAUUGCCUUCACCGGGUGUUGAAGUUUUAUUUGAGUGUCUAUGCUGCUACCCAGCCACCAAAUCGUAUAUGGGAUUACUUGGAUAGUGUGACAUCACAAUUGCUAACAGUUCUGAGAAAAGGAAUGCUCACUCAGGAUGUCCAACAAGACAAACUCGUUGAGUUCUGUGUGACCAUAGCUGAACAUAACCUUGACUUUGCCAUGAAUCACAUGUUACUAGAACUGUUAAAGCAAGAUAGUCCAAGUGAAGCCAAGAUUAUUGGUCUUCGUGCUUUGCUUGCUCUUGUUAUGUCACCUUCAAGCCAGUAUGUUGGCUUGGAAAUAUUUAAGGGUCAUGGAAUUGGCCAUUACAUACCAAAGGUGAAAGCAGCAAUUGAGUCAAUUUUGAGAUCCUGCCACAGGACCUAUAGUCAAGCUCUUCUAACAUCGUCGAAGACUACAAUAGAUGCUGUGAAUAAAGAAAAGUCUCAAGGAUCUCUCUUCCGUUCAGUGCUGAAAUGCAUACCUUACCUGAUAGAGGAAGUUGGACGGAGUGAUAAGAUCACGGAAAUAAUACCUCAGCAUGGUAUAAGUAUUGAUCCUGGAGUUCGAGAGGAAGCGGUACAGGUCCUGAACCGGAUUGUUAGAUACCUUCCUCAUCGCCGUUUUGCAGUAAUGAGAGGGAUGGCAAACUUCAUCUUAAAGCUUCCUGAUGAGUUCCCACUCCUCAUUCAAACAUCACUAGGACGCCUAUUGGAACUUAUGCGUUUCUGGAGGGCUUGUUUAGUAGACGACAGACAAGAUACUGAUGCUGAAGAGGAAAAGCAAGUAGCAAAGGGAAAUGAUAGGUUCAAGAAAUUAUCUUUUCAUCAAGCAGCAGAUGCAAUUGAGUUUCGCGCUGCUGAUAUUGAUGCUGUUGGCCUAAUUUUUCUUAGUUCAGUCGACAGCCAGAUUCGGCAUACUGCGCUAGAAUUAUUGCGAUGUGUACGUGCAUUGAGAAAUGAUAUUCGAGAUCUCAUGAUUCAAGAGCACCCAGACCAUGUUAUGAAAUUUGAAGCUGAACCCAUAUACAUGAUCGAUGUCUUAGAAGAACAUGGGGAUGAUAUUGUUCAAAGUUGCUACUGGGAUUCUGCCCGUCCAUUUGAUUUAAGACGAGAUUCCGAUGCCAUUCCUUCCGAUGUAACUCUUCAAUCCAUAAUCUUUGAGAGCCCUGAUAAGAACAGAUGGGGUCGGUGUCUCAGCGAGCUUGUUAAAUAUGCUGCUGAGCUCUGCCCACGCUCUGUUCAAGAAGCCAAGUCUGAAAUUAUGCAUCGCCUUGCUUAUAUUACACCUGUUGAGUUAGGUGGAAAGGCUAGCCAGUCACAAGAUACAGAUAACAAACUGGAUCAGUGGCUUCUGUAUGCUAUGUUUGUGUGUUCGUGUCCACCUGAUGGCAAAGAUGCGGGUAGCAUUGCAUCAACCAGAGACAUGUACCACCUUAUUUUUCCUUAUCUUAGGUUUGGGUCAGAUACCCACAACCAUGCUGCAACUAUGGCUCUCGGGCGCUCACAUCUUGAAGCAUGUGAAAUUAUGUUUAGCGAGCUAGCAUCUUUCAUGGAUGAUAUUUCAUUAGAGACAGAGACGAAGCCGAAGUGGAAGAUCCAAAAAGGAGGUCGAAGAGAGGACCUUCGUGCUCAUGUUGCAAAUAUAUAUCGAACAGUGUCUGAGAAUGUGUGGCCUGGAAUGCUUGCUCGUAAACCAGUUUUCCGCCUCCAUUAUUUGAGGUUCAUUGAAGAUUCAACAAGACACAUAUCGUCGGCACCUCCUGAAAGCUUUCAGGACAUGCAGCCUCUGCGCUAUGCACUUGCGUCUGUUUUAAGAUUCCUUGCCCCUGAAUUUGUUGAUUCAAAAUCAGAGAAAUUUGAUGUUAGAAGUAGGAAACGUCUGUUCGAUCUGCUCCUUUCUUGGUCUGAUGAUACAGGAAGUUCGUGGGGACAGGAUAUUGUUAGUGAUUAUCGCCGUGAAGUUGAGCGCUAUAAGACCUCGCAGCAUAACCGGUCAAAAGAUUCUGUAGACAAGAUUUCUUUUGACAAGGAACUAAAUGAGCAAAUUGAAGCCAUCCAGUGGGCCUCGUUGAAUGCAAUGGCUUCCCUUCUAUAUGGACCAUGUUUUGAUGACAAUGCAAGAAAAAUGAGUGGCCGUGUAAUAUCUUGGAUAAAUAGUUUAUUCAUUGAGCCUGCUCCCAGGGUCCCUUUUGGUUACUCGCCUGCUGAUCCGAGAACUCCAUCUUACUCCAAGUUCGCAGGAGAAGGUGGAAGAGGGACAACAGGCCGUGAUAGGCAUAGAGGUGGUCAUCAACGUGUUGCGUUGGCAAAAUUGGCUUUGAAAAAUCUUCUACUUACAAACUUAGAUCUUUUCCCUGCCUGCAUUGAUCAGUGUUACUACUCUGAUGCGGCUAUAGCUGAUGGGUACUUCAGUGUGUUGGCGGAGGUCUACAUGCGACAAGAAAUACCAAAAUGUGAAAUCCAGAGGCUCUUGAGUCUAAUUCUCUACAAGGUAGUCGAUCCAUCUAGACAAAUUCGUGAUGAUGCUCUUCAAAUGCUUGAGACACUUUCUAUGCGUGAGUGGGCCGAGGAUGGUAUAGAAGGUUCAGGAGGCUAUAGAGCAGCGGUUGUAGGUAAUCUUCCGGAUUCUUAUCAACAGUUCCAGUACAAGCUCUCCUGCAAACUCGCCAAGGAUCAUCCUGAGUUAAGCCAGCUCCUUUGUGAAGAAAUUAUGCAGCGUCAGCUUGAUGCUGUUGAUAUAAUUGCUCAGCAUCAGGUCUUGACCUGUAUGGCUCCAUGGAUUGAGAACCUUAAUUUCUGGAAGCUCAAGGAUUCUGGGUGGAGUGAAAGAUUACUAAAAAGUCUUUACUAUGUCACAUGGCGACACGGGGAUCAGUUCCCUGAUGAAAUUGAAAAACUUUGGAGUACUAUUGCUAGUAAGCCCAGAAACAUUAGCCCUGUAUUGGAUUUCUUGAUCACAAAGGGCAUUGAGGACUGUGAUUCAAAUGCAUCUGCCGAAAUAACUGGUGCAUUUGCUACAUAUUUUUCAGUUGCUAAACGUGUAAGUUUGUACCUUGCACGGAUAUGUCCUCAGCGUACUAUUGAUCACCUGGUUUACCAACUGUCACAGCGGAUGCUGGAAGACAGUAUUGAACCCAUUGGUUAUGGUGUGAGCCGGGGUGAUUCCAAUGGAAAUUUUGUGCUGGAGUUCUCUCAGGGACCUGCCACAGCACCUCAAGUUGCUUCAGUUGCAGACAGCCAGCCACACAUGUCUCCACUUCUUGUCCGAGGCUCCCUUGAUGGUCCCCUUAGGAAUACAAGUGGAAGCCUAAGCUGGAGAACAGGCGUGACUGGUCGAAGUGCUUCUGGGCCUUUAAGUCCAAUGCCUCCAGAGUUGAACAUUGUUCCUGUAGCUACGGGUCGUUCUGGUCAGCUCCUGCCAUCAUUGGUGAAUGCAUCAGGGCCGUUAAUGGGAGUCAGGAGCUCUACAGGAAGUUUGAGGAGUCGCCAUGUCUCACGUGAUAGUGGAGAUUACCUCAUUGAUACACCAAAUUCUGGGGAAGAUGUGCUGCAUUCUGGGAUCGCAAUGCACGGUGUCAAUGCUAAGGAACUCCAAUCAGCCUUGCAGGGACAUCAACAGCACUCACUCACUCAUGCCGAUAUAGCUCUGAUUCUACUUGCAGAAAUCGCGUACGAGAAUGAUGAAGAUUUUAGGGAACAUUUGCCUUUGCUCUUCCACGUCACUUUUGUUUCUAUGGAUAGCUCUGAAGACAUUGUGCUAGAGCAUUGUCAACAUUUGCUUGUGAAUUUGUUGUACUCGCUUGCGGGUCGGCAUUUGGAGUUAUAUGAGGUGGAAAAUAGCGAUGGAGAGAACAAACAACAAGUUGUGAGUUUAAUUAAGUAUGUGCAAUCAAAACGAGGGAGCAUGAUGUGGGAGAAUGAAGAUCCAACAGUUGUGAGAACAGAUCUUCCUAGUGCUGCUCUUUUGUCUGCACUUGUUCAGAGUAUGGUUGAUGCUAUAUUCUUCCAAGGAGAUCUCCGAGAAACUUGGGGAACUGAAGCUCUCAAAUGGGCUAUGGAAUGCACUUCAAGACAUCUAGCCUGUCGGUCACACCAAAUAUACCGUGCGCUACGGCCAAGUGUGACAAGUGAUGCAUGUGUCUCCCUUCUACGCUGUCUUCAUCGAUGUCUUAGCAAUCCCAUUCCUCCAGUUUUGGGUUUUAUUAUGGAAAUCCUUCUGACGCUACAGGUCAUGGUAGAGAACAUGGAGCCAGAGAAAGUCAUACUCUACCCACAACUCUUCUGGGGGUGUGUCGCCAUGAUGCACACAGACUUUGUCCAUGUCUACUGCCAGGUUCUUGAGCUCUUUUCCCGUAUUAUUGACCGACUAUCAUUCCGUGACAAAACAACCGAAAACGUUCUCUUGUCGAGUAUGCCUCGGGAUGAAUUCAACUCUAAUGAUUUGGGGGAAUUCCAAAGGACAGAAUCUAGAGGAUACGAGAUGCCACCGUCAAGUGGAACUCUGCCGAAGUUUGAAGGUGUACAACCUCUUGUCCUUAAAGGACUAAUGUCUACUGUUAGCCACGAGUUUUCCAUUGAGGUCCUAUCAAGGAUUACAGUGCCUUCAUGUGACUCUAUAUUUGGCGACGCCGAGACAAGACUCCUUAUGCAUAUCACAGGUCUACUUCCUUGGCUUUGCUUGCAGCUGAGCCAAGACCAAGUCAUGGUUUCUGCAUUACCACUCCAGCAGCAGUACCAAAAGGCAUGCUCUGUGGCAUCUAACAUUGCUAUCUGGUGUCGGGCGAAAUCGCUUGAUGAAUUGGCUACGGUUUUCGUCGCUUAUGCUAGAGGCGAGAUUAAACGAGUCGAUAAUCUCCUUGCUUGCGUCUCUCCUCUGCUCUGCAACAAAUGGUUCCCAAAACACUCAGCUUUAGCUUUUGGUCACUUGUUAAGAAUGCUAAAGAAAGGACCAGUGGACUACCAACGAGUCAUAUUACUUAUGCUCAAGGCGUUGCUCCAACACACUCCCAUGGAUGCUUCACAGAGUCCUCACAUGUACACAAUCGUUUCGCAGUUAGUCGAAAGCACUCUGUGUUGGGAAGCAUUGAGUGUUCUCGAAGCCCUUCUUCAGAGCUGCAGCCCGGUACAAGGCGGUGGUUCCCACCCUCAGGAUUCCGGUUACUUUGAAAACGGGACUGAUGAGAAAACGCUUGUACCUCAGACUUCAUUCAAAGCCCGAAGCGGACCUCUUCAGUACACAAUGAUGGCUGCAACAAUGUCGCAAGCUUUUCCUCUCAGUGCGGCUGCAGCAGAGUCAGGGAUACCUCCGAGAGAUGUGGCUUUGCAUAACACAAGACUAUUAUUGGGUCGGGUUCUUGAUAAUUGUGCUCUAGGAAGAAGAGAUUACAGAAGAUUGGUGCCUUUUGUCACAACGAUCGCAAACAUGUAA